AUGUCUGUGUGCGUCUCACCACUAGUACAACCAACGACUCUGAUGACUGAAUUGGAGACAUUAACAUGUCCCCAAUGUCCCAAAUCUUUCACUUCCACCAAAAUGCUACAACAACAUCAGCAAAUGUUUCAUACAGAUAAGUCCAUACUCUUCACAUUGAAAUCAACCGAUGCACAAGCGGGAAUGGAUCGAGCAUUCAUAUGUGAAACAUGUGGGAAGGCAUUUCGGUUUCGCUCCAACUUAGCAGAACAUCGAUCAGUACAUACAGCAUUGAAACCAUAUGUGUGUAAAUUUUGUGGGAAGUCAAGUAGAUUAAAAGGAAAUUUAACAAAGCAUAUUCUGAAACAUCACAAGAAAGAGCAGAAUGAAGCAAUAGCAAAAGAUGAUAUUAUUGUUAAAAAGGCUCCUAAAGUUAUUAAAACAGAACCGGGUACGUCUUCAAAUGGCACAACAGCAACUACCUCAACAGCAACAACAGCAACUGCAGUUAUCAUUACUUCAAGUACGGGAACCAAUGGCAACAGUCAAAACGGUCACAACAAUAACAACAAUCAUAACACGAUCAACAACAAUUUGACAACCAUCAAGACUGAAAUUGAAGACCCAGACUAUGUAUCCAUGGCAGUGCCGACAAAAUCAACAACAUUCGCUGCCAAAGUUGUCCCAUCAUCUCCAACAAAGUCUAGGGCACAACAAAGGGAUACAAGCGUUGUCCCUAAUAUCCCAACACCAGUCAUGAUUGUGGAAGCCCAACCAGAGGAGAGCAGUUUCCUUCCAAAAGAUCUUACGACGGACUUCGAGAGAAAUAUUCUUAUCAGUCUUGGAUUGGAUUUCGCUACUAGCAUGAAAAUCCCGGAAUCCAUGAAGCCAGCAAAAACGAUCAAGAAGGAACUCGCUGCCUCUCCAGAUUCCACCCACCAUUGCCGAAUAUGCCAACGGUAUUCAUACUGUACCCAUCACUUUUUUCUUAUUUUUUGCUCUGUUGGCGGUUCCGAAACUUUGGCAAUGAUUUUUGCUGCGGCGAAUGCGUCAAUUCAGCAGCAACAGCAGCUUCAACAGCGACGUGCCUCUUCUCCGGAUUCCACACUUAGUAUGAGAGGUGGUAGUCCUAGUCGGGAAGUGUCUCCCGAAAGUGAUGAGAGCACGUCGAGUAAUGAGUCGUGUCCAUCGCCAACAAAGUUUCUAACUUGCAAGGAAUGUGGAAAGAUUAUUAGAAAGAGCUCUCAUCUUCCAAUCCACAUGACUCUGAGCCACGGAUUCCCACCACCGGCCGCUACCGUUGACAUU